GAGGGGUCGGAGUGUUCCCACACUGAACUUUGCUCUCAGAAUACUUUCAGUUGUCGUUCUCUCCAGCAAGUAUCAACAACUUGUUCCGGCAUGUAGCUCCUCUCAGAUCAACUUGUUACAGAGAUAAAUAACACCAUGGCUGUGUUUAAGUAUUCUCAUGUGGACUUUGUCUUCACUUGUCUGGGUCUCGUUUUUCUGCUGCUCGACAUCGUCCUGGAUAUCUGUGCAGUUGUGAGUUUUUACAGGGAAAAAGCCUACGUGAGUCUUGGUAUCCUGCUGCUGUUCCUGCUGGGCUCGUCUGUGCUUGCACAGCUUUACAGUUGGCUGUGGUACAGCUACGAGGACUUUCACAUGGAUACCAAGGUUGAGAGCAGACCGAGUCUGUGGCAGCUCCGGCUUCUUCAUGUGCUCCAGCUGGGAAUCUACCUCAGGCAUGCGGGCGUCAUUGAGGUUUCUGUCUCGAACCCCGGGGACGUCGCGGUGUACCUGAGCCACGACCUCAGCAUGCUGCGGCUCAUUGAGGCGUUUUCGGAGAGCAGCCCUCAGCUCGUGCUCAUGCUCACCAUCAUUCUGCAGCGCUGGCAGCUGGACCCUAUUACAGUGCUGAAGGCCAUCGGCUCAGCCUCAGCCAUCGCAUUCAGUUUGACCAUGUACCACCGCUCCCUGCGCUCCUUCCUGCCCGAAAAGGAGAACCAGCAGGUGAUCUCCUCGGUGGUCUACUUCCUCUGGAACCUGUUCCUCCUCAUGUCUCGCCUCGUCGCCCUCGCCCUCUUCGCCUCCGUGCUGCCCUGCUUCAUCUUCAGCCACUUCUUUUGCUCCUGGCUGGUUUUGUUCUUCUUCGCCUGGAGAUCCAAGACCAGCUUCAUGGAUACCCCCGGUGCAGAGUGGCUUUACCGAGCCACUGUGGGCCUCAUUUGGUAUUUCUCCUGGUUUAACGUGGCGGAGGGGAGGACGAGGACGAGGACUCUGCUCUACCACACUUACAUACUGCUGGAUGUCUCCCUCCUCUGCAGCCUGUGGUGCUGGACGAUUACAACAGAACCAUCUCAUUGUGGAACAUCCCUCUUUUAUCCUCUAAUCACAGCUGUCAGUGUCGUUUCUGUUUACGUCCUUGGCCUCUUAUUUAAAAUCAUUUAUUACAAGCGCUUCCACCCAAACCUCAGCAAAGAGCAGUUAAAUAGGGUCACGGCUGAGACGACCAACAAUGGAGCUGUGGUACCAGUGGAUCAAUCACCUUCUCGUGACGAGGUGGACAGAAUGCUGGACGACCCCUCAGAUGCUUCAUAUUCCGCCGUGCCUCAGAUCGUCGUCUUGAGGGGGUUGUCACAUAUAGAUGUUACAGAUCGCUGCGCGCCCAGCCCACCACCGCCCACCGCUGUCCGCUGCAAUAAAAGAAUGAGGAAGAUGGCUGAGAACUUCUACUCCUGACCGGCCGUCACUUGACAUCCACACAGGACUUGAGGUUGGAGAGAGACAUGAGUCAUGCAGACGUCUGCUUCACUGAGGUCACAGGGCUGAGUGUGGGACGGACUAUGACCUGUUCACACGCUGAUUCAAACUCAUGAGACACCACUGAGGUCCAAGUCGAGGCGGCUUCAUCCUCGCAGGCACUUUGUGGUGUUCCUGUCCACAGACUGUCUGCUACCGUUGUUCCACUG